CGCUGCCUCCAAAGCCACUCCUCGCACCAGACAUCCAAUCCAAUGGCACCGAAGAAGGAGAAGGCACCGCCGCCGUCGUCGAAGCCGGCCAAGUCCGGCGGAGGGAAGCAAAAGAAGAAGAAAUGGAGCAAAGGAAAGCAAAAGGAGAAGGUCAACAACAUGGUGCUGUUUGACCAGGCCACCUACGAUAAGCUGCUGUCUGAGGCCCCCAAGUUCAAGCUCAUCACACCGUCCAUUCUCUCCGAUCGUCUCAGGAUCAACGGUUCUCUGGCCAGGAGGGCCAUCAAGGACUUGAUGGCUAGGGGAUCCAUCAGGAUGGUCUCUGCUCACGCCAGCCAGCAGAUCUACACUAGGGCAACCAACACCUAGGUCUCUCUCUCUUGAUUUCAUGUUUCGACUUGUGUAGUAUGAGGGUUCUAGUUUUUCGGGUUUUGUUAACUGUUGUUUUGUUCUGAGACUAUUUAGAAUCACUCUCAAAUUUGGUGGCAUUACUUCUAUAUAUGGAGACAUAGAGUAUUAUUUCAAGGCUAUAUCUGUUUCUGGUUCCAUCUAUUUGUUUCUUGCCUUCUGCGUGUUAAAUUACUCGCAUAAUUUCUUGUUUAUGUCUGGUAAAUAGAAUAUGCUUUGUUUUGG